AUGCAUCAAUUGUCAUUAAAACUUGUUUCAACCAGCAUGGGUUAUUGUAUGUUACUAAUGCUGCUGGCUCGCUCGUGGCUUGCAGCAAAACGGUCGUUGGCAUUCGUCCAAGUGAUGGUGCGCCCUUGGCAGCAAGCUGCUGCCGCUGGAGAGUUUUCAUCUGUUGCUCGCCUCCUCACCGCCGCGAUAGAUCCCAUUUCACGUGCGGCAGAAGGUUGGGCCGACUCUAUGUUGCCUUAUCUGGAGCCCAGCAUGUUGUCGUACUAUGUUUCGCAGCCCGAGCGCUCAACAUCGCCAGUAGCUGAGGAAUUGUAUGCAGUGUCCGCAAUGCUGCUCUCCAUCUCGUCAAGAAACAAAUUGGAUUACCAGGUCUGUGAGCAGACGCUCCUCCGCUGUCUCAAAGCUACCGUCGAGUAUUUGGUCCUCGGCAACAAGAUCGCCAUCAGGGACAUGCAGCAAGUCCACGAAGACGAUGACAACAAUCCCUUAGUGCCAUCAGCCAGCUGGCCUUACAUGUCUGCCGACAUCACCAAUCAGCAGGAGCGGAGCUCCUUAAAGAUAAUUGUGGGCUGGCAGUAG